AUUGAAAAACCCUAGCAGACCUCUUUUGUGUUCUUCACUCUCCAGCGAUCGUUUAUUGCUUGAAGACGGCUUCUUCUUCUCACAAACCUCAUCUCUGCUAAUCAAAAUGUCUCUGGUUGCAAAUGAGGAGUUUCAACACAUUCUUCGUGUGUUGAAUACUAAUGUUGAUGGUAAGCAGAAGAUUAUGUUUGCCCUUACCUCUAUCAAAGGUAUUGGUAGGCGAUUGGCUAACAUUGUCUGCAAGAAGGCUGAUGUCGACAUGAACAAAAGGGCUGGUGAGUUAUCUGCUGCUGAGAUUGAUAACCUCAUGACAAUCGUUGCAAACCCACGUCAGUUCAAGAUCCCAGACUGGUUCUUGAACAGGCAGAAGGAUUACAAAGAUGGCAAGUAUUCUCAAGUUGUCUCCAAUGCUCUUGACAUGAAGCUGAGAGAUGAUCUUGAACGUCUCAAGAAGAUCAGAAACCACCGUGGUUUGAGGCAUUACUGGGGUCUCCGUGUCAGAGGACAACACACCAAGACUACUGGUCGCAGAGGAAAGACUGUUGGUGUCUCAAAGAAGCGUUAAGAAAGAUCCAAUGUUGCUACUUACUUCUGUAUUGGAUACUUCAUAAGGACCUGUUUUUAUUUCGUACUAGGACCUUUUUGUGUGACGCUUUUCGAGCUUUUUGUGAUCACAUUCCUCUGUUUUUCAUUCUUGAUCCCUCCAGUGCCUUGAAUAGUCUUAUUUAUUUUAAUUUCCAGCUUACUCUGCUUAUUGUCUACUGUGACAGCAACAGAUGUCUAAGGCAAUUCAACAAUGCUU